CUCACUUGGCAGCAGAGACCCACAUCUUGCUGGGACGCUCCAGGGUCUGGAGUCCAGCUUGUUUAAGCAGGAUGCAAGUGUGAGUGUUGAUAGGUAAGGGCUUCCCCAAAGCCCCAGGGAGGGCUGGGGGGCAUGACUGGACUGGACAGUGGAAUCACUGUUGGGGAGCCUGGGGUCAGGCUCAGGGGUUACAAUAUCAGGAAUUGGGAUCAUAGGGUUAGUAAGGGGGACGUUUUCAGCAGAGGUAGGGCUCCCUGGAACCAGUGUGGAGAUCUGUGGAGGCCAUGGAAGAAACUUAAGAGUGAAUCUUGGCUUCGCAGGAGCUUCCUAGGGCCACCUUGUCUCAGCUCCUGGCUUGGAGUCUAGGGGACAGAUGCCCUCAACAACCCAGGAGGUGCUGAGAGGACCAGUGUUGCCUAGCACCUAAUGGGCACCCCCUCUCGUUGGAAGAGUUCCACCACCCCUUCCCGGCUGUGUCUGGGCCCACCCGCACCUGUUUUGCUUACCGAACCUCCAUUCCCCACCCAAUACAUCUCUUCCUCCCAUCUUGUCGCUUCCUCACACUGGAGUCCUCCUCCCCAUUGACGGCCCCUUCUUCCCACAGAGGUGGUGCACGGUGGAACAUCCACCCCCAGGCUGCCCCCGGGUGUGCCAGUGAUCAGUCUGGGUCACACCAGACCCCCAGGGGCAGUCAUGCCCACCACGGAGCUGAGUGCCCUCCGGCCUCCCCUGCUGCACCUCUCUGCCCUGGGCACAGCCCCACCUACCCUGGCCCUGCAUUACCACCCUCACCCCUUCCUCAACAGCGUCUACAUUGGGCCAGCAGGACCCUUCAGCAUCUUCCCUAGCAGCCGGCUGAAGCGGAGACCAAGCCAUGGUGGGCCGGAUUUGGCCGAGGGGCACCAGCCACAGAAGGUGGCCAGACGCGUGUUCACCAACAGCCGCGAGCGCUGGCGGCAGCAGAACGUUAACGGUGCCUUCGCGGAGCUCAGGAAACUGCUGCCGACUCACCCGCCCGACCGGAAGCUGAGCAAGAACGAGGUGCUCCGCCUGGCCAUGAAAUACAUCGGUUUCCUGGUGCGGCUGCUGCGAGAUCAGACGGCCGCGUUGACCGCGGGCCCCGCCCUAUCUGGACCCCGAAAACGGCCUGCGCGCCGAGGCCAGGAGGAAGCCGGUGGCGCGCGCCGCGGAGCGAGCCGAAGGGGAGAGGCUGCUGCAGGGCACCCCGAAGGCAUCCCCAGAGGGGUGACCAGGUCCAUCAAGAUAGAGCCAGCGGCCCUGAGUCCCGAGGUGCGGUGACCUCCCCUCCCCGCCUCCGAGCAGUAGCGCCUGCGCCGCAGACGUGGAGUGCUGGGCCCGGGGAGGAGACGGCAGCCAAGGGCGCGCAGGGCUCCACUGUGAACUCCCUCGAGAAGGGACUGAGCUCGCCCAGAUAAAGGUCCCAGAGGUCUGAAAGAGUAAAUGUCAUCCCCAUUGGCCUCGCAGAUUUACUUUUUAAAAGUCAACCACGGCUCACUUGAAGUGGCCUUGUCCAUGCCCUCUCUCUGUCGGGCCAAGGUCAGAGAAUCAAACAAGGCAAAGCGGUCUCAUCUUCGGA